AUGGCCUCGGCUGAUACCCCUGAUGCGCUCUUCCUCCAGUGGAUGCUGCCUACCACGAUGGUCGGGUCGUACGGCGGUGGCGCCGAGCUCUGCCUCCCCCAGACUCUGGCGACGGGCGUCCUGGCGCACGACACGCUGCCGUCGCAUGUCGUCGCCGAUGCGGCCCAUGCAGUGGGGGCCGGUGCAGUCCUCGCCGCACGCAUCGUGGUGGCUCUGCUGCCAGAUGGCGAUCGGUGGAACGUGUUUGCCCACGGCCCGGUGUUGCGCCCGCGGGCGGCGGCUGGCGUGCCGCUGCAGGCCCAUCCCAAGAUCGGCGUCUAUGGCCUGGUGCCUGCCGACGGCCUGAUCCUGGCUGAUGACGAGGCAGUGACCGACGACGAGCGCAUGCGAUGGGCCGGCCGUGAGGCGCUCGGUGCGCAAGCAGAUGUGCACGCACACGCAGUCGAUGGCGAUGCCUACGGCGGGCUACGUGUAGGGUCCGACAUGGCCCGGAUGGCUCCGGCCGGACCGGACGGCGGCGGCGAUGGCUGGCUCGCGGCGUGGAUCGCUGUCGUCGACGACAACCCGGACUUUCCUGUCGCCGACGCCACGCUGUGGAUCGGCGUGCCUGCCAGGUGCGGGUGA